AUGCGUAAAAGACCGUUGAGCAAGUGUACUUCUCCCAGCAUCUCAUCCCCGUCGUAUGUAUUUCAUGGCCAAGAAAGCAGAUCUCCCAAUCUGCUCCCCACGCUAGCGACAUCUCACAUUUGGCCAGAAUGCGAAUCAUCCAGCCAUAACUCUGCUGAAGAAUCAAACAGUUUGAAGCGAACUUCUGACAACGACUGUCGCAGGAUUCUCAGACAGAGACGAAUUUCGGAGGUUUUUCGGUGCUACGACGAGACGUACCUCUCCUCUCCACUGUUGACAACUCCAGCGAAAUUUCGGAAGUUAAUUCCAAAGCGCCAUCGAAGACCAUCGAAAAUUAUAUCGAUUUGCGGCUUGUGUUUCGGCUCCUCGGACAAAAACCUCAGUACCAAUUUGCCGGAAAAUUUAAUUGCUUGCUGGAACUGCGGUCAAGCAGGUCAUCCGACAUGUUUGAAGAUGCCCCCAGAGUUGGUUGCCCACGUACGCUCUCUGCGCUGGUGCUGCGUGGAAUGCAAGCGCUGUUGUCUAUGUCGCUCGAAAUCCAAGGCCUCUACUCGAGAAAACGUUGAACCUGGGUCCGAUUUACUCUUGUGUGAUUCCUGUGACCGUGGCUUCCACAUGUCGUGCCUAGAUCCACCUGUCUCACAUUUGCCCGAAGGAAAUUGGAUAUGUCCCAUAUGUUCUCCCGUGAACAAUGAAGACCCCUCGGCUUUUGUUGAUCCUCGGUUGGAAGCCAUCCACCUCAACGAUCAGCUCAGUCAGUCUGAAAUCGACUGGAUGCAUCGGACUCUCAAUCUCAAUGGACAGGUCUACUCGUCCUCACCCUCGCCUAAACUUGUACAUUCGACCCGAGUAAACACUGUUGAUUCGCACAAAGUGCCCAUAUCCUCCCCUGUACAUUGUCCUGUCUCCCCAACGUCCAUUGUAUCAAACGCCUCCACGAAUAACCUUGACCGAGGGAGCACACUCAAAAUUUCUAGGCGUUUGGUUCAGAAGUCACUGGCUUCUUGGACGAUUCCGAAGACACGCAUCUCUCCUGGCAAAUUCCGACGACCGGACGCAACUUCUGCGAUUGAAAACUCCCCUGUUGCCCAUCGCCGUCGGAGAACAUCUGAGAUGGCGAAUCACGCUUGGCAGAGUUUGGUUCGGCGUCGAUCAUCUCAGGCAUCCCUAAAGAGUGAGGGUAACUCAGGCUUCGAGGAGAGGGGAGAUGAUGAGGACGACGACAAAACGGACAUCCUGACGAAUGAGACGGAGAACGCCCUUCCAUGUCCCUCCAGCAUGCCUACUCCCUUCAGCAAACGCUCACGCUCCCGAAUCCGUCGACGUCGUCGGUCGCGAUUUAAUCGCGCACAUUCGUUCUCUCCUCUUCGCCUCCAUGUGAGAGAUGCAAAGCUCUAUACUCUAAAGGAUGAUGUUAGCUCGUCUUCUUUGCGAUCGGUGACACUGUCUUCGCAUCGUACUAGACGUCGUUUGUCGGGCCUGAAACGUGGCCGCCGAAUAAUACGUGCGCACUCCCGUUCAAUGACGCCGAAACAUCGUGGAUCGUUGCAACGCCCAUGGCAACGUGCAUGGCAGCUUUCUCGUUCCCACCGACUUCGUCCAUCAAUCUCUACAUUAAAGCGUUGGUCUUCUCUCGGCGUCAACAUUAAACAAGCUCUAGAAGCUUUUCAAAAGACCGGUAGAGUUCGCUUGUCUUCUCUAUCCAAAGUCCACAGCCGAGCCGGUGAAAUGAAUUCAAUUUCGAAAUACUCAAAGCUGAAUUCUUCUAGCCUCAAACACGCUCCUUUAAAUUGCGAUGAUGCAGGCGAUGAGGACGACGACGACAAUGACUCUAGCGUGACGGUGGCUGCCGCUGAGUUAGAGGUGGUCGGUGACGCUAAGUUCCAAGGCAUGUUGGAGCACUUCGAUCCAAACAACGACGAAUGCCCGGAAUUCGCUGUGAUCACAGAUGAAAGUCGGGCUUUGUUCGCGGAAAUUCAAGCCGAUGUCCAGGCUUGCUUGCCACAACCCAUGGAGUCAAGUUUGUCUUUGCCACCUGCAAACAACCCAAAGUUACUUCUUUCCAAAGAAUCUGGUGAUCCGAAGUGCCAACCUGGUUGCCUCACCGGUGCCAUUGAUGCUUACAAACAAGACGAACAAAGAUAUCCUCCACGAAUACAGCUCGGCCGUCAUAUCAUCACCACCUGGUACUCCGCUCCGUAUCCUUCCGAAUACGCUAGGUUGAAUCUUCUAUAUAUCUGUGAAUUCUGCUUGAAGUAUUCAAAAACACGGAAAGUCUAUAUGCGGCACAUUGAAACGUGCCCCUUUAGUUUUCCCCCUGGGAAUGAAAUUUAUCGUUGUGGAAACGUAUCCGUGUUUGAAGUAGACGGAUACACCUCUCGGCUAUAUUGUCAGCAGCUGUGUCUGCUGGCUAAGUUGUUUUUGGACCAUAAAACAUUAUACUAUGAUGUGGAGCCUUUCCUAUUUUACGUGGUGGCUCUUCGGGAAGACAACUGUUUCCAUUUGGUUGGAUAUUUCUCAAAGGAGAAGCGUUCGGCGCAAAAGUUCAAUCUCAGUUGUCUAAUGGUCCUACCUCCGUAUCAGAAGCUAGCAUAUGGGCGCUUUCUGAUCGAUUUCAGUUUCUUGCUCUCCCGUAUCGAAAGACAACCCGGUUCACCAGAGAAACCAUUAUCCGAAUUGGGUCGUCUAUCGUAUGAGUCCUAUUGGCGUUCCAAAGUUUUGCCGUUCAUCUUGAAUUCUUUUAAGAGCGAUACAGACUGUGAUGGAACACAGUCAGUGCCUUCCGACACAGAGUCUCUCAACUUUCACCAGUGCGUUUUCACCAUUCAUCAAAUUACCGCCUGUACGGGCAUCGAUCCGCAUGAUGUAGCUAGUACCAUCGAACAGCUGGCUACUUCAAUUCAACUGGGACCAGACGGAAGACCCCUCAUAUAUUUCGACAAGACUAAGUUACUCCAGCUCAAGGAGAAGUUUGAUGCUCGCAAGCGUGCUUGGAUCCCGGUGGACGAAGAGUGUCUUCGAUGGUCUCCUCUGAUACAACCACAGGAGGUGGACGCUUCCGUUGAGACCUGCCGCACUAGCUCCGAAAUCAUGUCACUUGAUGACAAUGGUGACUCCGGCUCUCAUGAUGCCUCUAAUCACACGACCGCUCCUAGGGGACGUGUAUUUCCAUCUAUGCCAAGCGGUGUUAAUGGCGAGCCAUGUCUCACCAACUCCACAUCAAACACUGUAAAUAGACGUAGUUUACGUGGUGUAUCGACUUGCAAACAUGAAACCGCCAAAACUGACUCGACCAUGGAUUCAUUAUUGACUCAACCUCGACGGUGUUCCCUCCGGUCAUAUGUAUCCGGUUCACCUCGCAAGGGAUCGCAAGUACUCCAAACCCCUACGGCCCUACCGGCUUACACAACUUCCACUCCCACGGCGUCGGAUUUGUAUGCACUAGCUCAUCUCUCGGGAUCACAAGAGAAAGGGGAGCCACGGACCAUUCGUUGCACCCGCUUGACCCCACCUCCGACCACCUUACCACAACCGAAUCACAGCGGGACUCCACAGCGCAGGAAUCGCAGACUUUCGAAGAAACCUAAUCCGACAUCCUGUCGCCAGAAUCCUUUUUUUCUCGAUGACAGUGAACCACCUGAUCCCCCUCCACCCAACGGUGGUAGAUGUACUUCACGUACUGCUAGUUAUGGUGCGUGCUCCUCCGUGCACACACAUAUGCCCACUAGUGAUCGUCAGAACUCAGUCAGGUCUUCUCACGCCGAGAACCAGUGCAAUGACGGAACAAUGGCACCAAACGAAUCCAUCACAGUGAACCGUCAAAGCUGUUCGGAUGCUGAUCCAUCUCCUGCCUUUCGAGUAAAUUCGAGUCUACCCGGCUCAGACAAUUUAUCACCCCUCAGACCGGCGCAUUCUAGCUCACCGCGGGCAUUACUGGAUCAGUUGUUGGAUCAAAGACUCUGCACUGAUGUUUGUUCCCCUGCCGAAUCACCGGGCUUACCGCCGUCGCUGACGCCACCACCUCCCACACUUUCCCUCUUAGAAGGAACCGACAGUGUGUUGGCGGAAUGUGUUGUUCCGUUAUCACGCACUGUAGUUUCACCAAAGGACCCUGUCGCUCCUACCGCACCUCCUUGUCUAUCGUUUUAUGAUUCCAUUUGCCAUUUACCGUCUUCUGAUGAGCAUAGGCAAGCGGAUGCGAGUCCCCCUCCCAGUCAUUCUGAGCUCUAUCUGCUCAAAUGCUCUUCGGGAUCUCCGGGAAGAAAUACUCCUAAGGUUCGACAACGUCACGGUGACUCCCUGGAUUCUACGUCGGGUCUUCAGCGUCACCACUGUCUUACUGUAGGCACUUCUCAGAACUCGUCAGCCACUUUCAAAAACUUGGAUGUAGCAUACACUCGCCCGGGCGCCUCACCUUUGUUCGUCGCGAUUCCUACUUCUCCGCAGCCGCGUUCCCUCUCCCCAUCUCCAGUGCAUCUUCCUUCCAGUAGCCCGAUGUGUAUUUAUGGUGAGUCUCGAAUAGUCAACGGCGUCAAAUCGUGUCCGUCUUCACCACUUGAAAUCCGUUCCGCGUCUAGUGACCUGAUCCUUUACCAAUGUCUUCGCCGCAGUGUUUCGAUGUCGUUGCUUCAUAAAGGGUUGAACGAUGCUGAGCUGCCAUCAGUCACUCGACAUUCCCCCUCUCACUCACCACCUUUGCUACCUCCACCGACACUUGACGCUUUGACGAACCAAAUCCCUGUGUUGAUUCCUUCAUUGUCAGAUGCUGUGGGUGUGAGUAGCUGUUCCAACAGAUGGGCUGCAAGAUCCCCCUCACCUCCACUACUCACGAACGUGCGCUCUGCCAAUUUAACUGAUGAGGAAACCAGUGGAGACGUGUUUACGGUUCGCGCUACAGCACCCUUGUUGUUUCCAUCAAACCCUACUCGACCCUCUUUAGAUUCCUUACCGCGGACUUCCUUCGUGAGCGUUCCGACAGGCUUUUAUCCUCAAUAUUCGUCGCAAUUUGAUCCUGCGUCUGAUGCUAACGACAGCGAUUCCUCUUCAGAUACAUUACCAAUGUGUCUGGAUGAACCCAGUCACGGGGACACUCAAUCUGUUACCACCCUCAAGUUGUCUAGCGCGUCAUUGUUUCCCAUCUCAUCAUUUCCAACAUCCCCAGUUUCAUAUCACAGCAGUGAGGAAACAGUCGCCAUGAAUCUUCCUUCGCCAGAUCUACAGCUAUCGGAUGAUGAUGCCAUACACAACCUAAAUCACAUGUCUUUUGAUAAUGUGACCGAAGCAGCCGGACACCCGCUGUCCAGAAGUUCCUCCGCACCGGAUCUGUCGUUUUCACCCAUUUCUCCCAUCGAUUCAUCUGCAUGUCGAAGCAGCAGAAGCUGUCCGCCUUUAGUGUCCUCUCCGUUCUACUUACCAGCUGAGGACAACAGCCAAUGUCAGUUGUUGGAACCUCAAAUAUCCCCUUUCGAUAGACAUCCACCCAUUGUUUUCGAUUAUAGCCAGCCGAACGAUACUUUCCUCUUUCCAGAUCUUCAGCCUCAGUCAACAGUCGGCCCAACUCCAGGGUCUUUCACGGACGCCCCAUCGACGGAGGUUCAGCCGUUGGUAAAGUUUCAUUCAGCAUCAGAACAGCAGCUUCCGGUUUUAACUCCGGAUUUUUUCACACCGCUGUCAGAUGAUGUUAUCACCAUCGUUGCUUCACAAUCCAGUGUCACCACUUUACCUCUGUGCGCCGCCGUGUGGGAGGAAGUGUUUGGCUGGGAUGUUUUUACUUCCUAUACUCCGCUCUCGUUAUGUAAUGCCCACUGUUCCCUCACCCCUGACUUUACCAUACAACAACUCUCCGUACUAACUGCUCAUGUGGCUUGCGCCGUUCAGCUGAGGAUGCGUCCAGCAACAUGUGAUGAUUCGAUCCCCAGUCGCCCCAGCGUUCUACAGCAAGUGUUUUGUCCCCUUGAAAUCACCACUAGUAUGACUACUUUCGGUAGGCAGAUAUCCUCCGAUCCAGUCGCAUUACCGUCUACGCCCUAUAACUCAUGUGUUGGGCGCACAAGACGUCGUCGUUCUGAGAGUUCCUUCAGCGGACUUGCUCACUGUGGCCCCUCUCUUUUCACUCAGCAAACAUUAUCAACGUGUUUGCAGCCUGCAACCUCAGAGAGCCUUCACCUUUCACAAGUUUCUGCUUGUUGUCACUUGUUCUCAAAUUCCGAUGGAAGUCAUGCUUCCGUCCAGCGUUUAUCAACUCAUCACCCGCCUCCCAAUCCUGUAAACUUCGUCUGUCCUCCUAGCGUUGCGCGAUCAUCUACCCAGGUCCGGAAGUCAGUCCAAUCACGACCGUUAUCUGCCUUAUCCUUUAAUCCAAAUAUCUGUGCCAAUGAACUUCCGUUGGAUUCACCUAACCCUUUCUCUUCCGAGCACCUUCGAGCUCCGUCCAACACUCCUUAUUUCACCUCUAACACUCCAUCUUCGACUGACCGAAGCAUCUGUCACAAUUCCGAUGCAGACUGUAGAAUGCGGUUGAAGUUCACUUCACAACCGAAUGUGACUGAAAUGUUCACUUUUCCAUCGUCAUUGUCUUCGGAAAUCAUAACGCAACCGUAUGUUUCCUCCUCUUAUUCCACAUUAGAUCGAACAGCGAAUCCAUAUCUCACCUUUACUUCAAGACCAUCAACAAUCCUGUUUCAAUCACCUUCUGUAGCACAGCCACGGUGUUCAUUUCGAAACUCAAAGAAACGUCCGUAUCCUACCCAGCGUAAUGGAAGAACUUCCAGACAAUCAGACCAAACCCUCUCCUCUAAUGCGUAUAGUCCUCCUCCGCGAUUUACUUACGCUCCAUUUUUCCAAAGCAACGUCACUCUCGACUCCUCCAGCGCUGUAUUGCAAUCGUCUCAACCGAUCACCUUUCCUCCACCUACUCUUCUGAGCGAACCACAGUCUGGAUACUUGCCCACACACGUGUCAGCUGCAACAACUACAUCGGAUUCGGCACAGCACACUGCUCCGAGCGCCUUCUUCCCUCCUACUUUCAUGAGCCCAGACGUUUCACAAGCUUACAUGGUCUCUUGUAAUCUAUCUACACCGACGACCCUUUCACUUGCAUCCGUGUCAGAUAUGAACAACCCGUGUUUGACUUCAUUUGUCGACCCAGGUCCUUUUUGUGCAUCAUUGCCUGUCGCUACUUACCCUUGUCCUGCACCAUCACAGAAUUUUUCUAGUACUGAACCACUCUUCGAUGUUAUCCCCUCACAACACCACUCAUGUGGGCUCGACUCGUUUCCUCCGAUUAUGUCGAUGAGUCCUGCGUACGGGAAUAAUGGUUUGUUUGUGGAGAAAAAAGGCCAGUCGAAUGCGCUUUGUUUCAGUCCAUCAUUCCAAUCUUCAGACUUAUCUGUAGCUCAUACCAACCCGCUCCUUUGCCCUCCCAGAGCUUCCGAGGUGAUAAGAUUUAUGCAGGCGCCCGGGCAGAACCAGGAGACGACUGAUCCAUCUGACAAGACUGUAUUUGACAUUUCUCCCACGUCACAAGUCGUUCCAAGAGUUGAGCCAAGCCAGUUGAACCCUGUGGUCGUUUCGCCACGUUCUAUUGGUAUCGGCGCCCUGUGCAACACAUUCCCCACCGCGGAUACUCGAUCGGGUACUGCUCUUCCAUUUUCUGCCUUUACUUGUCCCACUUCUAUGUACAGCCAGAUUACGAAUUCGGCGUCACAACAAUUCGUUAUUUGUCCACCCUUGUUCAUUUAUCCCCCGGAGGGCACAAGCUUGGGUGAGUUCCUCCCUUUACCAACAAGUCCACAUUCCUCCUUUACGCCGGCGAAUGAAAGCGGUUAUCCAGCUGGGCCUUCACCCAUGGCAGCAUAUCCCUUGGCAGCUCCGAGCACAUUCAGCUGGCCUCAUAGUGAUCUGCUUUCAGGACAGACGAUCCCACAGUCGGUUCUCACACACCCUAUGAUGCCUACGUAACCGCAUUCGUCUAGAUUUUGUAAUAUAUGUGCUCAGAACGAUAACGUUUCUAUGAUUCUUCUCCUUUUGCUCUGUAAACCUGCCUACCUUGUACAUAAAGGUUGAUUAUUCACUUUCAUUGUGACACGGCUUUUUUAUACCAAAUUUAUCUCUCGCAUCUAUCCGUGAUUGCGCUAUUCUGUCUCAGAUUGACUUGCGAGAUUAGCUUUCUAUUCAUCAUUUUGUAAUUACGAUUGCCGUUUUCACUCUCUAUUCGUUUCUUCAUCAUUCAGGUUUUUUCCACAGCUGUUUGGCCUUAUCUUUGGUCCUCGUGCAUUCUCGUCAUCAUUUGACGAUAAAGAUAUUCAUACGACUCGUG